UUCUUUGUGCUAUGAAAAUGUGUUCCAUUGCCCACGCUUCAAGUUACAUAAUAUUAGAAAAAGAAUAUUACAUGUAAACACCUCGUAAAUUUGGGCUACCAAAACUUAUGCAAUAUCUGAGACAAAGACAAAGGCUUAAUAUUUUGUAAAACACUGCAAUAUAGAUGUGUGAACAUAUAUAUUAUAACUCUUUUUGGGUGUGAAGGAGCACGCAGGACAAUGGACGGCAUUUCUGGUUGUUUUGUGACAUUUCAAAAUUAUUCGAACACACUUCGACGUGACACAUUGUAUUCGAAUGGACCUAGAUACUGCUAAUAACCUGACGAUACUUGGCUUUUUUUCAGCUACACCGGACUUUGGGUAAACAUUUUAGGUGCUAUAAUCCUUUAGUGUACGUGUCACUACGGCUCUCUGUGAUAAUUACCUCAAUUUUAACCAGAAAAGUCGUCAGGCACACCGGCCCCCUGAACCAGGUGUCACCUAAAUGACCUCUGGUUCGGGUCUCUACCAAUUUUAUGACGGCAUACCGAAUAGAACCCCCGGUGGCCUGUUUCUACGUGCGUGGUACGAUUCUUAUUGAUCGUGUUUUGGGCGCUGUCUUUUGAGCAGUUGCCACUAUAAUGGCUUGCAAAGGACUUGUAUUUUUCGAAACAAACCGAAGAAUGCAUGAAAGGUCAAGAUCUGCGUCAGUCGGAAAACUGGCAUACUGUAGUGCCUGUCAAGCCAAUGACCAGACAGGUGGCACUGCGGCAAUGGUCCUAAAGCCUACGCUCGUGCUCACCAGUCUGGCCACUCACUCUUCCAAGACAGCCCUACGGAAAAAAGCCAGUUGUUAAACAGUCAAAAACAUCUAUGAUAAAUUACAUAUUACAGUUACGGCGCAGCUUACGUCCGAAGUUACGCGGACCUAGCCAGCGGAAAGCGGAAGUGCUGCAACUGUUAAUGCCUCCUAUUAAUUAACAAAAAGGUAUCUUAGCAAACAAUAUCAGCAACAGGAGCAUUGAUGUAACGCCAAGUCAACACGGCGCGGGGGCAGACAGCGCGUACACAUUUCUCUCAGAUUUCUCUUGGCGCGCAAAUGCAGUCGUAAACUCGACGUAGGACUGACCGCGCGUCACUACGUAUAACAGCUCGACAAAUUAUUACGAACUUAUUAUUCAAUACUAAAUUGUUAUACCGGUGUGAAUCGUUCGAUUCAAAGCGAACGUUGUGUUUGUGUUGUUAUAAAAGACAUAGAAAGUUGUAUUAACUGUUUGUCCUGUGGAAUAAACGUAAAAACACGAGUGUUUACGCGCACCGGUGGCGAUCCACUAACUGUGAGGCAGUUGUGAAUGCGGGGCCGCAUGGAUGGCGACGCACGCCUGGCGGUCUCUCGCCUUGUUUUUGACACUUGUCACGCUUGUAUUAGCUAAAUAUGCAGAAUUAGAGCCAUGGCGAGGCGCAGGACGGCCGGCGACGCCUGCCGAAGAGGCAGAAGACGAGCGAAGAGAUGCCGAGUUAUUGGCAGCGGUAAAGGAGUCCAUGCAUGAGUGGGAAUUGAAGAGAGCAAGAACAAGGACCAAACGAUCGCAGGGCAGCGUGUGUUACGGAGAGUUUGGGUGCUUCGAAGAUGCAGGACCGUUCGCGUACUUGGAGACGCUUCCCAGCUCUCCACAGGAAGUCGGGACACACUUCCUUCUGUACUCCACUGUUAAUAGAGGAGACCAACCAUUAUUGGCAGUCUCAGCCAGUAAUAUGUCCGCUGCGUGGGUUUGGGCUGCGCGCGCCUUCGACUCCAACCGGCCCACCCGCGUCAUCGUGCACGGCUUCGGCUCCAACUGUGAUAACGUGUGGGUGUACGAGAUGAGGAGCGCUUUGAUGGCCGUUGAAGAAUGCAACGUGGUGUGCGUGGACUGGGAAGGCGGUGCCUCCAUGCCGAAUUACCUGCGAGCAGCUGCGAACACAAGACUCGUCGGUAAACAGCUAGCGAUGCUGUUACAAGGUCUAGCAAAAUACAUAGACAUGCGGUUCGAGGACGUUCACCUCAUCGGGUUUAGUUUGGGAGCUCACGUCGCUGGUUUCGCGGGUUCAGAACUACGAAAUAUAAGUCGGAUUACUGGUUUAGAUCCAGCAGGCCCUUUAUUCGAGUUCCAAGACCCUCGAGCUCGAUUGGAUCGCAGUGACGCAAAGUUCGUCGACGUCAUCCAUUCGAACGGCGAAACACUAAUAUUUGGCGGGUUAGGUGCCGCUCAACCCCUAGGCCAUGUGGACUUCUACCCCAACGGCGGGAGGGUACAGCAUGGGUGUUCUAAUUUAUUUGUGGGUGCAGUAUCAGAUUUAGUACUUCCGUGGGCAGCAGCGUCUCCUGAAGGCCGGUCUUUAUGCAACCAUCGACGAGCUUACAAAUUCUUCACUGAUUCCGUCUCGCCAAAGUGCCACUUCCCUGCUUUCCCUUGUUCGGACUACGACUCAUUCCUUGAGGGCCGAUGUUUCCCGUGCGAUGGUUCGCGUCGUUGCGGCAACAUGGGCUACUACGCUGACAGGUCUCUCGGUCGUGGACAACUCUACCUACUCACCAGAGAAGAGGAACCCUUCUGUGCACAUCAAUACCACUUGACGUUAUGGGCGGGCAUCGAAGCCGGUGAGAAGCCGACAUUCGGCCGCAUCACUGUCAUACUGCACGGAGACUCGGGCCUCAACGAGACUUUCCCCAUGACCAAACGCGAGGACACAGCGUCGGGCAGUCAGUUCACGCGCGUGAUCGUGCCGCACCCGGCGCUGGGCGUGCCGCUACGGGUCAGCGUGCACUACUCUGCCUACUCCGGCUGGCUCAGCGCUGGCGCCAAAACCAUUCGCAUCGAUAAAUUCCUCAUCACUGACAGCUUCGCUAAGACGUCAUCGUUUUGCAAGAAAGGAAUACAUUUGCAAUCUGAAGAGUCCGUGGAAAUGCCGCUCUAUCCGGGCGAUUGUGCACUGCCGCAGAACGAUAUAGCUCAAAACAACACCAGCAAUAUCGUCAUUAUCAAAGACAAUUCAACUAAACGCGUGGGAACUGUAAUCGACCCGCUUGACAACGAACUGCCUGAAGACUCGCCGCAGAGACCCUUCGUGUUAGUAGACACAUACGAGUGGACCGGCAAUAACGACGAAAACACCGGCAGGGCGUUCGGCAUGACCAACACUAAAGUAGCAGCUAACGGACUCGUCGAAAUAGCAGAACCAGUACUACGACCUCGAGCCCGCAAAACACCACGUCAAAGAGCAGACGGACUUGAAGAACAGGAAAUAUCUGAGCCCUUACUGAGAGCGACAAAACCUCCUACGCCAGCAACACCACCGCCGAUACGUAAAGCAAAGAACUACGACAUAACAACCACGCCAACCUACGAACCAGUCACGAGCGACCAGCCUGAAAAAGAAGAGACCAGCUUUGCUGUACAAUAUUUACCAUCGCGGCUUGCAUCGUUCAUUUCAAGAGCAGAACGUUACGCACGAGAUACGCUAUUGCCAUUGGUUUCGGCUUAUGCGCCACGGCUGCCAAUCUUUGGUUCGAGAGAAUUGCCAAAGCCGACUGCUAAGUACAUCCCUACGGAAGACAUGAACACCACCCUCUCAGUACCAGUCCCUACGCCCACGUUAGAGAUGAAAAUAGAGACACUUCGUACAAUGGGACCUCCUGGCGAGAAACGAGAGAUUGAAUCACCGGAAGAUCCCGAAAUAUCCGUCACAACUACAACAACGACAACGACUACGACCACAGUAGCAAGCAUUGAAAAACUCCGACCAGCGCCUACUGAAAUGUUGAAAGUUGUACCGGGACCUGUUGUCUCAACAAGUACCGCAUUACCUCCUGUUGCGUUGAAAAGUGAUGGCGAAAAAAUUGUAAUAGUGUAUCCAAGCAACGCUAGAGACGAGAGAAAAAUAAAAUCUCAUUCCUACCCCGAAGAAUUACAAUUCGAAGCACUAUACCGCCACACUGCGGCACCCAAGGACUUACGGGUAGAUUUACCAACUUUUACGCCACCUGUUUCCACGCAAUCACCCACAACGACCUCCAUAAUGAAAGUUGAUUCCAAAUACAUUCCAGUGCCGUAUAACACAGGAGACAAAAAACUUUCUAACACGAAUCAAACGUAAAAACGUAUCGUAAAAUCGCGCUGUUUUUCUAUAUUACUUUUACUGUAAAUAACAUGUAACGUGUUACAUUUGUAUACAGAUGUUAAACUAAUCGAAAAUUGUUAUAAAUUUUUGUAUUUUAACUUGUUACGCUGUGCUUCACGCCCGCGAAUAAUGUGUUGCCUUGUUGGAUGUUUCAAAAUAUCUUUAUUAGAUCAAAACUUGUUUGUAAAUAAAUAUUAGGUAUAAUGAAUAGAAUAAGUUUUUUUAAAACAUGAAAAUUAUUUAUUAUGUACUGUGUAUCAUUAUCACUAAUCCUUAAUUAACACAAAAAUUAUCACUCAAUAAUAGCAACAAAAUCAUUCAUCCACUUCUAUCGGAAACUUAAAAUAUAGAUUAACACCCUAAUUGCUCAAUUAAAAAGUAACUUAAUUAUUGUAUCUAAAUAUAUCACAUAUAUUUGAAGAUAUAUAAUAUGUCUUACUGAUACUUCAUUACAUAAGGCUCCAAUGUCGAGCACCUUAGAACUUUUACAACUUUUAACAAUAUUUUGUUAUCUACUUGAACUAUAUUUUUGUUGCGAAGGCAUCAAUAUGGAUAAUUAGGAAGAACUUUAGGCACAAUAUAUGGCAUCUAUUUUGGAUGAAGCACUAUAAUUCAAGACAUACUUCGAAAGCUGUAGUGGAUUACAUAAUGUAAUAGUCUUAUAAUCUAUGUAUUAUAUUCAUAA